AUGACAUCUGUCCAAUUCUCACCCUCUUUCGCUGACCGCGACGACUUUGAGAACGCCACACGCGGGUUGAUCGCGUCUCAAGACCCAUGCGUUAUCAGAGCUCGAAAUGGUCGCGUGUUGUGGGACAACGAUGCAUAUGCUUUCCUAAAAGAUGACUGUCCUGCAACUGCAGACCCUAAGCUCUGGCGGCAAGGCCAACUGAAUUCGAUCCAAGGCCUGUUCAAGGUUAACGAUGGCAUCUACCAGGUUCGUGGUUUCGAUAUCUCCAAUAUGACGAUCGUGGAAGGUCAGACUGGAGUUAUUGUUAUUGAUCCUCUUAUUUCGGUGGAAUGUGCACAAGCAGCGCUGAACCUCUACCAAAGCCAUCGAGGUGCCAGGAAAGUCACUGGAUUGAUCUAUUCACACUCUCAUGUGGAUCAUUUCGGUGGUGCUCAAGGUGUUCUGCUUGACGAUUCCUCAAUAAAUGUGCCCAUUCUUGCUCCCGAAGGCUUCAUGGGCGCUGCCCUAAAUGAAAACAUUUUCGCUGGACCAUCAAUGCGCAGACGGGCCGCUUUCAUGUAUGGAAACAAGAUCCCAAAAGGGCCAACAGGUCAAAUCGGAUGUGGACUUGGUAUGACAACUUCAGCUGGGGCUAUUUCUAUGGUCCCACCAACUGUUUUGAUCAAGAACACCGGUGAAGAACAUGUCGUGGACGGAGUCAGAAUCGUGUUUCAGGUGGUACCAGAGACGGAAGCUCCGGCGGAAAUGAAUUUUUACUUUCCGGACCGCCGGGCCCUAUGCAUUGCAGAGUGCGCUACUCACGGCAUGCAUAACAUCGUCACGCUUCGUGGCGCUGAGGUGCGAGAUGCGAAAGCCUGGUCACGAUAUUUGGACGAGACCAUCGUCCUCUUCGGUGAGGUUUCAGAUGUCUUAUUUGCCGGGCACAACUGGCCGACUUGGGGCUCAGCCAACAUCAUCGAGCUUGUGUCGGAACAACGAGACCUGUAUGGAUACAUGCACGACCAAACUGUGCGGCUGAUGAAUGCUGGUUUGACAGGUAUUGAAAUCGCGGAAAUCAUGACAUUGCCACCCGCAUUGCAGCAGGCUUGGCACGCUCAGGGCUACUAUGGAUCGCUGAGCCACAACAUCAAGGGUAUCUAUCAAAAGUACAUGACCUGGUUUGAUGGGAAUCCAGCACAUCUGUGGCAAUAUCCUCCUGCCGAGGAAGGAAAGCGUUAUCUGUCUUGCAUGGGUAGUGUGGAUGAAGUUGUCCGAAAGGCCGAGACCUUUGCGAAAGAGGGUGAUCUCCGCUUCGCGGCGACGCUACUUGGUCACGCCGUUGCCGCAGAGCCUGCUCACGGAAAGGCAAGGGCCGCUCUGGCAUUGGUAUUUGAAAAGCUCGGAUUCGGUGCAGAAAAUGCCACCUGGCGCAACUUCUAUCUCACCUCGGCCCAGGAACUGCGAUCUGGCUGGAACACGGAAAGAAGUCUUACUGCUAUGGAUGCAGUGAAUCCACAACUCUCUGUCGAGCAAUGGCUAGCGGGGUUCUCUGUUCGAAUUGAUGGGCCUAGAGCCGUACGACAAAAUUUCGCGUUCGGCUUACAUGUCGUCGAUACAGAGGAAAAGUGGAAGUUGAUCAUGAGCAAUGGCGCUCUUACAUAUCGAAGGCAGCCCGACGAUGCCAGUGACGUCGACUUGACAUUGAAGAAAGCAGAGCUUCGGCAAAUGUUGGAGGGUAACCUAAAGCUCCCCCCUGUUCAAUCACGAGGCGACCCAGGUUUGCUGAGGCUCCUUUUGUCCCUGGUCUCGGGCGCAGAUUCGAAUGAAGCACGGAACAGCCAUAUAUAG